GGUAAGUUUCAAAACGCCACCACAAAAUAUGUCGACGACUAAGAUUUGCUUCAAGCAUCAUGUUAGCGCGACGUUAAACUUACGCUAUCAAAGUAAUACUAUUUAAACAAAACCUUUGGUAUAAUUAUUCCACAAGACCAUCCCAAUAUGCAGCCCUACACAUUCCUGCAGCAGCGUCAGAAACACCACAGCGCGGCCAUCAAUGUCCCUCCGUCAGGCUCCGCUCAUCAGUCAGGUGACAAAAGGGUAAUCUCUUACAAAUAAUGUGCCGAAACCUACACCGCCGGUGUAAACUGCGCACAAAAUAAUAAUUAAUUAUUUAAGCAGCGAUCGGAAAAUCUGGAAACCCUCAACAUUCGACGUUGCUAUGUAUUGAUUAGUUGCGGCUGUUCAGAUCGCUUCCUUUAUUUACAUGAUGGCCGUUCCAUUAGUUUGGGCUUUCUCUAUGUGAGCGGUUCGCGCCCGUGGCAGCGGCUCGCCGAAGCUGGAGGAGGGGUUGGGGGGGAAAAUCUGUGGCGAAAACGCUCAUUUCAGCUGGUUGCAAACGAACGAGCGCGAUGAGUAAAAAAGAGGAAGAGGAUAUCGUCCGAAUUGCAAAAAAGAUAGAUAAGAUGGUGUCGAAGAAGAACACGGUUGGUGCCUUGGACUUGCUGAAAGAGCUAAAGAGCAUUCCUAUGACCUUGGAACUUUUGCAGUCUACCAGAAUUGGGAUGUCUGUAAAUGCUAUCAGGAAGCAAAGUAAAGAAGAAGAUGUCAUAUCUUUGGCAAAAUCGCUCAUUAAAUCCUGGAAGAAACUCUUGGAUGGACCAACAGUUGAGAAAUCCACAGAAGAGAAGAAAAAGGAUUCUGUUUCCUUGGCACAAAACAGCCCAGAAGCAAAAGAGGAAAGUUCAGGAAGCAAUUCCAGUAAUUCCCAUGAAGCAUUCUAUUCUCCAUCACCUUUCCAACUUAAAAGUUACCCUCAGGCUCCUUUCACCACCGACUCAGUACGGAUCAAGUGUAGAGAAAUGUUAGCUGCUGCAAUGAAAACAGACGGUGAUUACAUAGCCAUUGGCUCAGACUGUGACGAGCUUGGAGCUCAAAUUGAGGAAAGUGUGUAUCAAGAAUUUAAAAACACAGAUAUGAAAUAUAAAAACAGAGUGAGGAGCAGAAUCGCAAAUUUAAAAGAUUCAAAGAACCCGAAUCUGAGGAGGAAUGUCCUAUGUGGAAAUAUUGCACCAGAUAGACUGGCAAAAAUGACCGCAGAGGAAAUGGCAAGUGAUGAGCUUAAGGAAAUGCGAAAAGCUUUAACCAAAGAAGCCAUCCGAGAACAUCAAAUGGCUAAGACUGCUGGUACUGACACUGACCUGUUCAAGUGUGGCAAAUGCAAGAUGAAGAAUUGUACCUAUACCCAGGUUCAGACUCGCAGUGCUGAUGAACCAAUGACUACGUUUGUCGUAUGCAAUAACUGUGGAAAUAGAUGGAAGUUCUGUUGAGAUCCUGAAGAAACUCCAGGAGAGAAUUCCUUGGACCAACAGUUAAUGAAUUUCAGUUUCUAAUUAGUUGUGCAAAUGAGAAGUUAGAACUUCAAGAAUAUUUGUAGAACAAUACAUCCCUGUCUCAUUUUUUUGUAUAAAUCUAGUUUCCUUAACACCAUUCUAUUGUCUUUUUCCUUGCAGAAUAGUUCACUGAAACAAAAACUUUCACUUGUACAACCAGGCAGCAUCUAAAUGUAUGAAAAUUUUCUUUUUAUAUGUAGUUUGACAUUAAAGUUUUAAAACUUC